AUGCCAGCAAAGUCAAGUACCUACAAGUUAAGACCAUUUAUCGAAGCACCUUUAUCUUCGUCAGAUGAGAAGCCAAUCGAGUUGGAAUCAAUUGAUUUAUCAUUUUACAAAGACGGUCCCGAAAACCUCCCAGCAAGAAAAGAGUUAGCAGCCAAGAUUGAGAAAUCAUUGUCCACAUAUGGGUUCAUUUCGGUGAUUAACCACGGAUUUGAUGCGGAGAAAUUAGAGCACCUCAAAGCAGUAGCACAAGCAUUGUUGGAAGUGCCAGUAGAAGAACAAAAGAAGCACUUAGCUGGUGCUCUCAAGUCUGAUCUUGAAGAUAGGUCCAAAUCAAUUGGUGCUGAAAGGGCUUCUGGAUAUAAACCAAAGGGUUAUUGGUCCAUGAGGAAUGGUGUUGAAGAUUCAAUCACCCAUUACAACUUCAAUAAUAUGAACCAUUCAAGAUUCUUUGAUACCAAAGCCAACAACUACCCUGAGGUUGCAGAGGAUCAUCUUACAGAGAUUGCUGAGUACUACCGAUUUUUGCACACUGACACCUUGAGAAAGCUCUCUAAUUUGACAGAUUUGGUAUUGGAACUUCCUGAGGGGUUCAUUUAUGAGAAUUACUAUUCUGUCAAAGAUGGAGAUUUUGAUGGUUCUGGAGGAGGUGCUGGUAGGUUCAUGCUUUAUGAUGCAAUGCCACCAGAAGACCAAAAGAAGGUGGACAAUACAUGGUUGAGAGGCCAUUCGGAUAGUGGCGGAUUCACGUUCAUCACAUCGCAGCCAAUCUUGUCGUUGCAGAUUCGUGACUACUAUACUGGCGAGUGGAACUAUGUUGGCCACACACCCAACGGAUUGAUUGUUAAUAUCGGCGAUGCCAUGGAGUUUAUCACUGGUGGUUACUUCAAGUCGUCGAUACACAGAGUAGUUUCUCCUCCUGACGACCAGAAGAAUUACCGAAGAUUGGUGUUGAUCUAUUUCAGCAAGCCGAAGGAGACAGCCAUACUAGAUCCAGAACCAUUGGAAUCUCCCAAGUUGAAGCGUUUGGGUUAUAACAAACCUGAAGAAUGGGACAAGAUUGAUUUUGCGGCUUGGAAUAAGAUGAAGUCUAGCUUGUUUGGCAGAAAAGUGGUAAAUGAUACCAAUUCCGAAGAGCCGAAGUUGGUGUUACUACACGGAAGAUUGCAUGAGAGAUGGCAUCAAGCUGAGGCAAACUUUAGCUUAGAGGAAGCUCAAAAGAAGUUUGAUGUAAUUACGUUGGAGAGCUAA